AUUCAAGGAAGACAUUGUCAAGGACGAGACCCAGUUGGCCGAGCUCAACGAACAGCGCUCAGAGAAGUUGGCCCGCGUCAAGGUUGUGGAGACGGAAAAGAACAAGCUCGAGGGUGGCAAGAACGAAGCCGAGGCCUACUUGGGAGAAGAGAAUGAGCUGACCAUGCUUCAAUCCAAGCUGUACCAGCUCUUUCAGUUUCAGAGCACCAAGCAGCUCGAAGACGCCCAGACCAAGUUGAACGAGGUCAAUGAGUCAGCCAGCGAGCAACGCGCUCAGCUUGCCGCCCUCCAAAAGGACGUUAAGAUCAAGGAACAAGAGCUCAAAGUCGAACAAAAGCAGGUCAACCAGCUGCAGACAGCCUGCGAGCAGGCCAAGGCCGACUUUAUCGCCUUUGAACGCAAGGAUAUUAAACACAAAGAGGAGCACAAGUUUCUCAAGAACAAGAUCAAGAAGCUGACGGCUUCCAUUGCCAAGGACCAGAAGCAACUCAAUCAAGAAGCUUCCCGGGACGUUGCCCUCGAGGAAGACCGCGGGCGCUGGCAAGAAGAGCUUCAGGCCUCCCAGCAGCAGCUUGACAGCGAAGAGAAGAGUCUUGAAGAGAUGCUUGAGGGUCUUCAAGGCGAGAUGCAGGCCCAGCAAGACGAGCUCGCGACGCGUCAGGCAGCGCUGGCCCCCUUCAGCCAGGCCCGUGCCGAAGCCAAAGCCAACCUGGAGGUGAAGCAAGGCGAGCUCGAGCUACUCACCCGCAGCAGCCGCGAACUGGCACAGACGCUCGAAUCUGCUCAACAGAGCCAACAACAGGCCGAGGCUGACGAAGAAACCAAGACUCAGGCUUUGGCCGAGGUACAGCAGGAGGAAGCCAAGGUGCUCAAGCAGCUGGGCAAGGCUAAGAAGGAGCUGGCGAAUGUCGAGGCUCAACUGGCCCCCCUCGAACAGUCUUGCAACGCAAAGCGCGUCACGCUUGAGGAGGCACGGGCAGCUUCUUCCUCGUCUCGGGCUCAAAGUGCCGUUCUUGUGGCACUCAAGCGCUUUGCGGCCAAGAACAACCUCAGUGGUUUCCAUGGCCGCCUCGGUGAUCUCGGUACCAUUGACGAUGCCUACGACGUUGCCGUCACCACGGCCUGCGGCGCUUUAAACAACAUGGUCGUUGACACGGCCCGCGAGGCCAAGCUGUGCGUGGAGUUUCUCCGCAAGCACAACGUAGGCCGUGCAUCCUUCAUCAUCAUGGAGAAGAUCACGGCCAUGGCUGAUCGUGCCGCAGCUGCCUUCACCGCACCCUCGGGCACUCAACGCCUCUUUGACUUGGUUCAGCCUCGUGACCAGCACUUUGUCGCGGCUUUCUACUGGGCCCUGCGCGAUACGUUGGUGGCCAAAGACCUCAACCAGGCCACAACUGUGGCAUACAAGGGCUCGCGUGCCAUGCACCGCGUUGUCACCCUUAAGGGUGAGGUCAUUGAUACCUCGGGUACCAUGUCCGGUGGUGGCAAAAAGGUGAUGCGUGGUGGCAUGUCCUCCUCCCUGACACCGCAGCUUUCCGAGCGCGAGCUCGAAGAGAUGGAAACCGACAUGUCCACCUUGACUCGCGAGCUCAACGACCUGCGCCAACGCCAGCAACAGCUGUCCCAGCUUGUGGAAUCGCUUCAAGAACAGGCGGCUGAUUGCACGGCUCGGGCUAAGCGGCUCCAGAUGGAGAUUGCGAACCUGGGUCAAAAGAAGGGUGCUCUCGAAACCCAGAUUGCGGACCUCACCAAGCGCAGCAAGGCUGCUUCCAAGGAUGUCGCGCAGUGCGCAGCUCUUGAAAAGGAAAUUGCUCAACUCGAAGCUGCCUUUGAAGAAGCCAAACAGCGCGCCGCCGAGUAUGAGCAGGCCGUGCGGGAUGGCGAGGAGGCCCUUGCCAACGUGGGUGGUGUUGUGCUCAAGGCCAAGCGCAGCAAGGUCGAUGACCUGCGUCAAGCCAUUGUUGACCUCAAGCAGCAGAUUACCCGUGGCGCUGUUGAUGGCAAGGCAUGCUCGCGCAAGACUACCCAGUUGUCCAAGCGCGUUGAAGCGAGCCAAAAGGAACUGGCUGAAAAUGAGGAAGCUUUGGUCAAGCUGCAAGAGUCGUUCAAGGAGAUUGAGGAAGGAGCGAUCGAGGUCAUCGAGCAACGCGAAGAAGCCGAGCGCAUGCUGCAAGAGCACAUGGAGGUUUUGACUGAGCUGAAGCGAGCCCAUGAUGAUGCCCUCGAUGCCAUGUCGCAGCUCAAGUCAACCAUGGUUGACAUUGAGCACCAGGUCGAAGAGCUGACCAAAACAGUGAAAGACAGUGCAGCCAAGAAUAAGCAUUGGCAAAAGAAACUCUCCGGCCUGAGCCUCCACCGUAUCGGUUAUGAAGACAUGGAUGAGCUGGAUGAAGAGUCGGAGCAGGUCAAGUCGGCAGCUCCCACUCAGCUCGAGACACUGGAUGAGGCCGCCUUGCUUGCCCUGGACAAGGAUGCCCUCGAGUAUGAUAUCACGAUUCUUUCGGAGCGCUUGCAAGGCCGCAAACCCAACAUGUCCGCCAUUGAGCAGUUUUACAAGAAGGAGAAGGAUUACCUAGCACGCGUGGGGGAACUGGAUGAGGUCACCGAGCUGCGUGAUGGCGUUCGUAAACAUUAUGAGGACUUGCGCAAGCAGCGUCUGGACAUGUUCAUGGGCGGCUUCAGCAUCAUCACAAACAAGCUCAAGGAGAUGUACCAAAUGAUCACUCUGGGUGGCGAUGCCGAGCUUGAGCUCGUUGAUCGCCUCAACCCCUUCUCAGAGGGCAUCGUGUUCUCGGUCCGCCCGCCCAAAAAGUCUUGGAAGAACAUCUCCAACCUCUCUGGUGGCGAGAAGACGCUCAGCUCGCUGGCCCUGGUCUUUGCCCUGCACCACUUCAAGCCCACGCCACUCUACGUCAUGGACGAGAUUGAUGCCGCGCUUGACUUUAAGAACGUCUCUAUCGUGGCCAACUAUAUCAAGGAGCGCACCAAAAACGCCCAGUUUAUCAUCAUUAGCCUGCGCAACAACAUGUUCGAGUUGGCGGAUCGUCUUAUUGGUAUCUACAAGACUGACAACGCCACGAAGAGCGUGACGAUCGACCCGGCACUCGUUGCUGCACAGGCGCGGGCUCGCGAGCAGGCCAUUGCACAGCAGGCCUCUGCCAAGAGUGCUGCCUUGGCCGGUCCUGUGGCUGAUGCCUCCCUCCUUGUUGCAUAG